GGAAACGGAAAACGUGAAAUUGUUCCUCAGGAUAUCCGUUUCCCCAGCCCCGAAACCGUGCAGUGCUUGGUUUGUUUACUGUAGAUGUAAACAAACCCUCAAGGCCGUAACAGCGAACGCGCUGAAAUGUUUGCUUGGGGUGCCAACAGCCACGGUCAACUUGGACUCGGAUAUUCGUCGGAGCAGCAAGCACCACAAGCCGUCACCGAUGUGCCUUUCAGAGAAAUUCGUGAGCUACGUUGCUUCGCCGCCGGUGGUGGACACACUUUGUUGGGACUGAACGAUGGACGAUUAUACGGCUGCGGCUGGAAUAGUCGGGGUCAGCUCGGAAUGGGGCACACACAGGAUGUGACACGAUUCAGUCGGAUUGGAGGAGAGCCCGGGUUCGUUAGCCUUGCGGCUGGCUGGGACGUAUCGGCAGGCGUAAACGAACAAGGCGUGCUGUUCGUAUGGGGCUCCAACGUAUGGCAGCAGAUUGCGGAGCCAAAGGUAAAGAUGGUUCUGCAGCCACAGAAACUGCAACUACCCUGCAACGGCCGUGUGCAGAAGGUUGUCUUCGGUCUCCAGUAUAUGGCCGUGUUGAUGGAAAGCGGCCAGUUGUGGGUGCUUGGAAAAAGUAAAUUCUUAGACUGGCAUUACCCGAUAGUCGGUGCUAAUCAUCCAACGAUACGUUGCGUCGAUGACCAGGGUUCGAUCGUAGAUAUGGCUAGCGGCGAAAAUCACUUGGUGCUAUUACUGGCGACGAACCGCAUAGUUUGCCUCGGGACCAAUAAGCAUGGUCAAUGUAUGGACGCGCCUUGGCCCAUCGCUGCACAGGAUCUUUUGAAACUAGAAUCCGGGUGGACUCAUUCAGGCUUUCUAACGCGUAGCGGUGAGGUGCGACUGUGGGGACGGAACAACCAUGGUCAGCUGGGGCGCUCCGGGGAAGCUUCGUCUAAACCGCUUCCACUAGAAAUACAGGAUGUAAUGGAAAUUUCCGACAUAAGCCUCGGAUCGGAGCAUGGCGUUGGGUUAUCGACGAGCGGACAUGUGUACUGUUGGGGCUGGAACGAACAUAGUAACUGUGGAACAGCAAACACGGAUAGCGUAACGACCCCGAAGUGCGUCGAGUUACCCGUUCCCAUUUCGAAUGUCCUUUGUGGUGCUGGCUACACGCUUGCAUUCACACGCUAACAGUAACAACGAUCAUUCACCACUCCAUAAACCAACGAGUUCGAGGCAAAGUUCGAGAGCAAAAAACGCCGAAAAUCUGAGGAUCGUGCUGGCGGAGAACAGCAUCAUUCGUCCAGUGAUCGUCCUUCUCGUGCAACGAGUUGCAGCUCGUGCUUCAGCGUUUAUCCGUGUUUUCCAU